CCGAGGCCCGGCGGGGGACCCUUGGAGGCCGAAAGCAGCCCAAAACCGCUCGCUCCCAUUCCGUGGCCAUUGUGGCUCAAGGUGAACGCGUCGCGUUGGAUCGUCGCUACUGAACAUUCAUUGCUGCACUUUUUGGCGUUCGUCAUCACAAACAUGGUACACAGGCUGUUCUUUCCCGCGGCAUCCGCGCUCGGUUACAUUGUUGGCGCCGAUAUGCAGCUCAUGCAGAUGUCAGUGAAUGGGUCGGACGGUAUGGACGCCGCAGAGCUACGGACUGAAGCAGUGUGUGAGCUGGGAUGCACGCGUUGUGGGUAUAACUGGUACACCAUGCACUGGAAUUCUGGUAGUCCGACUAUUCAUUGGGGCAAUUAUUGCAAUUGCUGCGGUGGAACCCAAGGACAGCAAGACGUGUGCAAAUACGUUUGCACGGGACGGACGACGCCGUACCCGACGCCGUACCCGACGCCGUACCCGACGCCGAAGCCGACGCCGAACCCGACGCCGUACCCGACGCCGUACCCGACGCCGAAGCCGACGCCGAACCCGUCGCCGUACCCGACGCCGAACCCGACGCCGAACCCGACGCCGAACCCGACGCCGUACCCGACGCCGAAGCCGACGCCGAACCCGACGCCGAACCCGACGCCGAACCCGACGCCGGAACCGACGCCGAACCCGACGCCGAACCCGACGCCGUACCCGACGCCGAAGCCGACGCCGAACCCGACGCCGAACCCGACGCCGUUCCCGACGCCGAAGCCAACGCCGAACCCGACGCCUUACCCGACGCCCUACCCCACGCCCUACCCCACAGCUUUCCCAACGUCAUACCCCACGGUUUUCCCGACGCUUUACCCCACGGCCUUCCCGACGCCCUACCCGACGGCUUUCCCGACGGCCUACCCCACGGCUUUCCCGACUCCCUACCCGACGUCACUCCCGACGCCCAGCCCGACCCCCAGUCCGACGUAUCCUUUGGGUUGGCCGACGCCAAGUCCAACGUUUCUUCCCGCAGCUCCCAUGGCGGGCGGAGCCGCCGGAGGCGUGGCUGCCACCGGCGAUCCGCACCUUCAAAACGUUCACGGCGAGCGGUUCGAUUUAAUGAAGCCGGGCAAACAUGUUCUGAUAAACAUCCCUCGUGGAGUGAGCGCUGAUGACGCAUUGCUUCGGGUGCAGGCAGAUGCGCGUCGAUCGGGUGGAAUUUGUUCGGAUAUGUAUUUCAACGAAUUGAACAUUACAGGCUCUUGGGCAGAGGCUAAGCAAGUUGGAGGGUAUCACUACAGCGUACGGCAAAACGCCGUGACGAUUCCGCAAUGGGUCGUUGUUGGUCCUGUCGAGCUGAAAGUCGUCCACGGACGCACAGAGAGUGGCAACUUGUACUUGAAUGUGCAUGUGAAGCAUUUGGGGCGAUCAGGAUUUGCCGUCGGAGGCUUGCUUGGGGAAGACGACCACAAAGAGGUGAUGACUCCCCCAGCGUCUUGUACCAAGCGCACGUCUUUGCUAAAAGUGGUGACUAGUGGCCAGGCACCUUCCUCCGAAUCGCCACUUGCAAUAGCAACCUUCGCGUGACCAUGCGGGAUGCUUGAGAAGUGGGUAUAUGACAAGCAAGUGCGCCCUUUCGGGCGACGCAUGCGGCAGUGCUUUCCUGCGCUUAGGAGAGCUGGCUCUUUUACAGGGCUUCUGAGACUUCUGUGCAUGGUUCGUGCCACCUUGCACCACUCUCAGCGGCUGCCUGGCAGCAUCUUGUUGCCAUUCCGAUGCUCCCGUUGCUCGCCGAAUCGAGCUGGCAUCCUUGCCAGCCGACCUGCUCCGACCUGCAACGGCUGACAAACAGUGGCUACUUCCCAGGACACUCGUUCGCUAGCUUCAAGGGGCUGAGACCAAGGGGGCUUGCUUCCUCCGCCCUCCCUCCCCCUCCCCAUCCCUUUCCUUCCCAGUU